CGCCAGAGCUAUCACUUUCACCGGAGCAAAGCACAAAAUAAGAGCAGAGCACAAAUAGGGGGGGGGGGGGGGGGGGGGGGGGGGGGGCGGGAAUGGACCGAAUGGUGACCGACAUACUUCUCCAAGUCCUCGGGAUUGGCGUCACGGUCUUCAUGUUCCUCUACUCCCACAGCAUCCCCCAGAAGAUCUACGCCAAGCUCCGCCAGCGCGCCCUUGCCGCCGACGCUGAGGCCAAUCGCCAGUUCGUCCGCGGCGCCCAGCUCCUCUCCCAGGCCAGGUGGAGCUCCGUUUCCGCCACCCGCUCAACCCUAGCCAAGCAAGCCGAGGAGCAAGCCGACAAGGCGAUCGCCUACGAUCGGCGCGACGCCGCCGCUCACAUCCUCAAGGGCCUCGCGCUCCAAAUCCUGUCCAAGCAGCCGACACCCUCCGCCGUCUGCCGAAGCCGCUGCGUCAGCAAAUCGUGGUGGCGCAUCCUUUCCGACCCCGAAAUCAUCAAGAAAUUCAUCCCGUCGCCGCCGCCAUACGCAGCCAGGGUCAUGAUUGCCCACUCCGCUUCAUACACCGUCCGCUCCUCCGACAUUUGGUUGAGAAGAUAGGUUGGGUCUUGUUCUUCUGAAUCGGCCACCGGCUGUGGGUUUCAAAUUUGAAGACAGAAGGGAAAAGGGAGAGUGUUGACGGCGGAGGUUGGCAGGGAUGGCGGUGGAUGAUGGGAUAAGUGGAAGAGAAGCCGAUGGCGUUGUUUGUGAUUUUUUUAUUUUAAUUAUUUUUUAAUUUAUUGUAAUAAUGAGAUGGAAAUUAUUAAAAAUUAUUUUUUAUUAAUUUUUUAAUUGCCACGUCACUCAUUUAACGGUCAACUAUAAGAGUUGACCGCCACAUCAGUAAAAGUUAACGGAGACUAACGGCCAGUGACCAAACUUGAACUGUUAACCUAAUUUAAGUGACUACAAAUGGAAUAAAGCAAUUCUAGUGGCUAACGUGAAUUUUGCUAGUAAUUCAAGUGACCAAUCUUGCAAUUUAGCCUUUUUUUUUAUAUCCGGUUCUGAGUUUGUUGAGAUGUUUGUCGGUGUUGGUGUCUCAAGAGUGGGACCGGUUAUUGUAACAACACCCAUUGUGUUGUUAUUGUAACAACACUAGUCCCCAACCAAUAGGAAGCUAGGGAUGUGAUGACUUUUUAUUAGUUGAGUUGACCUAGUGUAAAAUCAAAACAGGGGUAUAAUUGUCAUUAUGAAAAAUAUGUUUAAAUAAUAAAAAAAAUAAAAAAUAAAUUUUUUUUUAUUUUCUGCCCAAAAUUUUGUCGCCGAAUUUCUGCCACCGGUCGCCGGAAAAUGGUCGCCGGUCACCGGAAUAUUCUUUUGUCGCCGGAAUAUGCUAUUUUGUCAUCGGAAUAUGCUUACCGGAGUCGGAAUAUGCUUAUCGGCGUCGGAAUAUGAUUACCGGCGUCGGAAUCUAGUCAUCGGGGCCGGAAUAUGCCUAUCGGCGCCGGAAUCUACUCACUGACGGUCAUCGGAGUUUGAUCAACGGGUUUCGUUGACCGUUCAACAGUCUUCGUUGACCGGUCAACGACCAACGACCACCGGAUGUUAUGGUCUGCAUUGUGAGAUUUAUGGUUUGGUUUCUCAUAUUUUUGUAUGUCAUUUGUGGUUUGCUUUAUCGUGUUUGUGGUUUGCAUGAAGAAGUUUAUGGUUUGCUUUAUCGUGUUUGUGGUUUGCAUUGAGAAGUUUCUUGUUUGUUUUCAAAAAUUUUGUGGUUUGCAUUGAGGGCUUUCUGGUUUGUUUUAAUAUAUUUGUGGUCUGCAUUAGGAUGUUUAUGGUUUGCUUUUUUGUGGUUUGAUUUACUGUGUUUGUGGUUUUCAUUAUAAGGUUUCUGGUGUGCUUUAACAAAUGUUGUGGUUUGCAUUGUGGGGAAUCUAGUUUGUUUUAGGAGAUUUGUGGUAUGCAUUAGGAGGUUUCUAGUUUGCAUUAAGAAGUUUCUGGUGUGCUUUCGAAACUUUUGUGGUUUGCUUUGCAAGGUUUCUAGUUUGUUUUAAUAUAUUUUGGUUUGCUUUGGGAGGUUUCUGUUUUGUUUAAAUAUAUUUGUGGUCUGCAUUAGGACGUUUUUGAUUUGCUUUAUCGUGUUUGUGGUUUGCAUUAGCAACAGUUUCACUUUGACCCUUACUGACGAAAUGGUGAGGUUGCAAUGUUGGACAGCCUAAGGUGAAGGUUCCGAAGGCUUGUGUCAUCAAAGAUCUCGUGAUGAAAUUCUAGAGCCAGCUGUACAUACUGAGAGGCUCCAGAUAUUGGUGGUCUCUUUGAUCCAUCUUGUAUUGGAACCUGUUUCCUUAAAUGGGUUUUGAGGAAGAUGGGGAUAUAAUGGGGACAGGGAAAGAAGGAUUCACUAUUCUUUUCUAUGCUUGGUAGCGGUGAGAACUGUGAACAUUAAACCGCCAUUGUGAACUCUAAUGAAGCGGACUAAUCCCA